UCUUUUCAGCCUUCGGCGAGGGGGAGAAUUAAGCAGCCUUAUGGGAGUUAGUGAGGCGCUGUUACGAAAUGCCGGUGAAUAGGCGUCCCUCCUAGCCUGAGCGUUUCUUAUAGGGGAGUUUUGGUUUGGUUUACGGAGGAAAUCGAUGGGGGUUGACGGGCUACCUCAAGAGGUGUUGCUGUUCCUUGAGAAAAGGGACCGUGCUGGCUGGCAUCUCUCCAUCCCUUUUGCACAUUUAUAUUAGUUAUAACCUACCUGUCUCGCUGUGGCUCAAAGCGCCUUACGCCGGUUAAAACAGUGGAACUGUAGAAUCAUGAGAAGUUUAAGCGUAGUAAUAUAACCAGUUGGAAGCCUCUGCUCAGAUUAAACUAUGGAUCCCGAAGCAAAUGGAUUAUACAAAGUCGCAACUUAUCAACGAGUAAUUUCCUCUUGUUGUGGUGCUGUUAUUACAUCUCUUUUGGUGACGCCCCUAGAUGUUGUCAAAGUCCGACUACAAGUCCAGAGCAAUCCAUCCCUCAAAGGAAAAUCUUUUCUGGAUACUGAUGGCCUUACGGAUCAUGUUUGUGUCUAUGAAAAUGGAGCCACUAAAACUGGUCAUAAGACAUCUGGGCACUUUACUGGCAUGAGGGAUGCUUUUGUGAAAAUUGUUCAAAGAGAAGGUGCGAAAGCACUGUGGAGUGGACUGCCUCCAUCACUAGCAGUGUCAGUUCCAUCAACAGUAAUUUAUUUUACCUGCUAUGAUCAACUACGCGAUGCCUUCAUUUCUAAACUAGGAGAAGAUAAUGACUACAUUCCACUUAUUGCAGGUGGCAUAGCCAGACUGUGUUCAGCGACUGUAAUAAGUCCAGUUGAAUUGAUUAGGACAAGAAUGCAGUCUCGCCGGUUAACUUACACACAGUUGCAUGCUUGCAUUAGUAGUAAUGUAAGCAAAAAUGGCUGGUUCUCACUCUGGAAAGGAUGGGGUCCCACUGUUCUUAGAGAUGUUCCAUUUUCAGCACUCUAUUGGUGUAACUAUGAAUACUUCAAAAAAAGGUUGUGCAAGAGAUCAGGCAAACAUGAGGCAACAUUCCUGAUAACCUUCUCAUCAGGAGCAGCAGCUGGUUCAAUUGCUGCUUUAUUAACACUACCGUUUGAUGUAGUAAAAACACACAAACAGACGGAAAUUUGGGAAUCUGAAACAACACCCGCAUCACAGAAGAGGCCUGCAUCGAUAUGGGAAGUAAUGAAGAGAAUUGUUGCUAAAAAUGGAUUCACUGGCUUAUAUGUUGGUAUUGUUCCACGACUGACCAAAGUUGCUCCUGCUUGUGCCAUAAUGAUCAGCAGCUAUGAAUAUGGGAAGUCUUUCUUCCGCAGAUUAAAUAAAGAAAGAGACAUGAAUAACCAUUAAUGAUGUUUCUCUAAACUUCAGGUAGCAUCAGUGUGCAGAAAGGGGAUCACUGAACAAGGUCUGCAAGGGAAAAGAUUGAGUCUUAAAGUAUGGCUCAAAAGGCCCUUAUCCAUCACUCCUGCCUUUAGGCACCCUCACUUGGUAGCUGUGCAGAUCCCUGCCCAGAAUCCUGCACACUGAAUUAACUCAGCAUGAAGGAACUACACCUUGAUGAUCCACAGUACAAGGGGAAAUACAGGUACAGAGGAGUGUAGCUGCUGUUAUCUGCAGACACGAUGCAAAAAUUGUACUUUAUUACUUCGCAUAGCCCAGGUUUACACCCCUUCCCCUAUUUUCAGGUUUCACAAUUAGCUCAGAAAAUGCAGCUAGAUAUCUAAUAGUACACAAUUCAGUUGCAUUUAGCACUUUUCUUCAAAAGUACUUUUCAAACUGUGUGUUUUUAAACAUAGAGAUACUAGUCCAGACUCCUUUAUUUUAAAAUGCUACCAUAAUACAAAAAUGUCAAUUCUUCCCUUGAAGGAACACUUGC